AUGGACUGCUUAAGCUACUUCUCCAACUCAGAUUUUAUCCAGCUCCAGGAUUGCUUUAUCCCUGAUGUGGAUAUGAUUCUCCCGGAAACCGACACGUUCUUCUUCCAAGCGCAACCGCAACAUCAACCGCUUCAGCCAUUGCAUGACGACGAAGCUCUCUCGCCGUCCUUCUUCGGGUUUAAUCACUUGGAUCCUUUCUACGAGCCAUUUCUUCCUCCCCAAGAAAUCUUCCUCCCUAGCCCUAAAACCGAAGUCUUCAACGAGUCACAAGACUUAGAUUCCUUCUUCCCUACGCCAAAACACCAAAAGCUCAUAAACUCCAGCUUCCAUUUCAACAACACCCACGACCCUUUGUUCAUGAGCCCUAACCAUAAUCUCUUGGAAUCCAACAUCACCGAAGCUCCUAAAUUUUCCGAGUUUCGAGUUCCUGAUUUCUCUCCGGCGUUCAAGGUUGGGUGGAGUGAUCAAAACGACACCAAGAAACCUGAGCUUUCUGCUCAGAGCAUCGCAGCGCGAAAGAGGAGAAGAAGAAUCACUGAGAAGACUCAAGAGCUCGGAAAACUAAUCCCUGGAAGCCAGAAACAUAACACAGCCGAAAUGUUCACUGCCGCAGCUAAAUAUGUCAAAUUCUUGCAGGCGCAGCUUGAGAUUCUUCAGCUGAGGCAGACCAAAAUUCAGACGCAGGAGAGUUCAAAGGUGGAAAUAGAAAUGCAGAUGUUGCUUGGAUCUCAAGACAUCCAGGAGAAGCUAUCGACAGAAGAAGUUUGUGUGGUUCCAAGUGAAAUGGUUCAAGUCCUAAAAACCGAAGAAUGCAUCUUGAGAAACCCUAAGAUUUCUCGAGACAUUAACAAGCUGAUGUCCACAGAUCUGAUGAAUUAG